GACUAAACGUGACAUAUUCACAAAUUUGAUUUCGGUUUGUGAAAAACUGUUAGGUACUUUAUCCUAACAGAUUUUUUUCUUCAUCAUACAUACAUACACAAAAUAUUAAAAGAAAAAGAAGAAAAAACAGUUAGUUUGUUUUCAUCAUAUAUCUUGAGAAAUUAAUUAAGAAGUAGUAUUUUAAUAUUCUAAGAUAGAGUGAAGAAGAACAUUAAAUAGAGUAUUUAAACUGUGGAGUUGUUACAAGUGCAACUAAAGAUGGUAUGCAUGCUCUCUAGGGUUGCCUUGUUUUCACUAGCAAUAAUCAUCAUCACUGUCCAAGGAAAGGGAAGCAAUGUAACAUAUGAUGGUCGAGCUUUGAUCGUCGAUGGCGAACGUCGAAUUCUUUUCUCCGGGUCGAUUCAUUAUCCUCGUAGCACUCCUGAGAUGUGGCCAUCUUUGAUAUCAAAAGCCAAAGAAGGAGGAGUAGACGUUAUACAGACUUACGUAUUUUGGAAUUUGCAUGAAUCCACGCAAGGACAGUAUGAGUUUGAUGGAAGAAAGGAUUUAGUGAGGUUCUUAAAAGAAGUUGAGGCUCAAGGUCUCUAUGCUGCCCUCAGAAUUGGUCCCUUCAUUGAGGCUGAAUGGACUUACGGGGGGCUACCCUUUUGGUUGCAUGACAUCCCGGGCAUUGUCUUCCGAUCGGAUAAUGAACCGUUCAAGAAGCACAUGGAAAGGUUUGUCACCAAAAUAGUAAACAUGAUGAAGUAUAACAAUUUGUACGCUUCACAAGGAGGGCCAAUAAUAAUUUCACAGGUUCCGGCAAUGGCAAACUCUUGCAUAACUAUUUUCCCAGCAAAACAUAUUCUUCACAAUAAUCUAAAAAUUGUACGCAUACAGAUUGAGAACGAGUACGAGAACGUUGAAGCAGCAUUUCACGAGAAAGGACCAAGUUAUGUUCGCUGGGCUGCAAACAUGUCAGUGGCGCUCGAUACCGGUGUCCCUUGGGUGAUGUGUAAACAAUCCGAUGCUCCUGAUCCGGUGAUCAACACAUGCAAUGGAAUGCGAUGUGGAGAAACGUUCACAGGACCCAACUCGGCAAAUAAACCAUCAAUGUGGACGGAGAACUGGACAAGUUUCUAUCAAGUUUUCGGAGGAGAGCCAUACAUAAGAACAGCUGAAGACAUAGCAUUUCAUGUUGCUUUAUUUAUUGCGAAAAAUGGGAGCUAUGUGAACUAUUAUAUGUAUCACGGAGGAACCAAUUUUGGAAGAACAAGCUCUGCAUUUGCAAUAACAAGUUACUAUGAUCAAGCACCACUUGAUGAGUACGGUUUAAUCAGGCAACCUAAAUGGGGUCAUCUAAAAGAGCUCCAUGCCACAAUUAAGUCAUGCUCAAAGACUCUAAUAAGAGGAACACAGCAGAAUUUUUCUUUGGGUCAACUACAACACGCUUAUGUUUUUAGAGAAAGUUCAGGGGAUUGUGCAGCCUUCCUGGUGAACAAUAAUAGUAGACAAGAUGUGAAAAUCCUCUUCCAAAAUAGGUCAUAUGAGUUGCCUCCUAAGUCAAUCAGCAUCCUACCAGACUGCAAAACCAUAACCUUUAAUACAGCAAAGGUAAACACACAGUACAAUACAAGGUCAGCUACAUCGAGCCAUGAAUUCAACUCAACAGAAACAUGGGAACAAUACAGAGAAACUAUCCCUAUAUAUGACAAUACUUCUAUAAGAGCAAAAACUUUAUUAGAUCACCUGAGCACAACAAAAGAUACUUCUGAUUAUCUUUGGUACAUUUUAAGGUUUCAAAAUCACUUCCCCGGUCCUCAAUCUGUAAUACAAGCCUACUCACAUGGACAUGUUUUACAUGCAUAUGUUAAUGGAGUAUACGCUGGGUCUGCUCAUGGAAAUCACGACAGUCCAAGCUUCACCCUAAAGAAUUCAGUUCAUCUUAAAAAUGGGUCAAAUGAAUUUGCCUUUCUAAGUGUAACAGUGGGAUUCCCGAAUUCAGGAGCAUAUCUUGAGCGUAAGAUUGCUGGAUUACGUAGGCUGCAUGUUCAAAACAAGGAUUUCACUAGUUCCUCAUGGGGAUAUCAGGUUGGGUUGUCAGGAGAAAAGUUUCAAAUUUACACAAACAGUGGAUUGAACAAAGUUCAUUGGAACAAAUUUGGAGGCAAUGCUCAACCACUCACAUGGUAUAAGACUUUUUUUGAUGCACCUACAGGAGAUGACCCACUUGCACUGAACCUUCAUUCCAUGGGAAAGGGGGAAGCUUGGAUUAAUGGCCAAAGUAUAGGCCGCUACUGGGUUUCAUUUAAUACUUCCAAGGGAAAUCCUUCCCAAUCAAGGUAUCAUAUACCUCGUUCUUUUCUCAAACCAACUGGCAACCUAUUGGUUCUCCUAGAAGAAGAGAAGGGAUACCCCCCAGGAAUCACUGUAGACUCUGUUUCUAUCUCAAAAGUAUGUGGCCAUGUGUCGGAAUCAGACUCAUCUGUUGUUCAGCUUAUUUGUCCUCCAGACAAGAACAUUUCCAGAAUUCAGUUUUCAAGCUACGGAACUCCUGAAGGUAACUGCGAACAUUAUGCCAUUGGAAAGUGCCACUCGCCCAAUUCCAGAGCUGUGGUAGAAAAGGCAUGUAGGGGGAAGAGGAAGUGUACGAUCCUCAGAUCAAAUCAAUUUUUCAACGGUGACCCAUGUCCAGGCAUCCCUAAAACUCUGCUAGUGGAUGCCAAAUGCAGGGGGAAUAAAACAAGAAAGAGAGAGAAAUUUCAGAGCAUAUAACUUGAUUCUAUAAAACUCAGCAAUCACUCCAUAAUAGAGAUCAACGAUCUGUCUUGGUUGAUAGCACUUGACAUGCAUUACUUACAUAAUGAUAAAGGUCCUGGGCAACAAUGUGCAAAGGAUUUGUAACAUAAUAGGGCAUCGUAAACUUUUUACCGGUGGCAAGGUCUAAAAGUCCAAUCACAGGUUAAUAUUUAAUAGUUUAGAAGAUGGGUUAGAAAGCGAUGGAAAAUUUAUCAUACGUCAAAAGGAGACCAUGAAACCAAUAUUCUAACAUGCAGCAGACAAAGCAUGCAGUGCCAAAAUGUUGGUGAAGAUUUAAGGCAUGAAAAUAGUUCAAGUACUGUCCAAUGUAAAGUUCCACUUCCCUUAUCACUACCUGGAAUUUCUCAGUUCUAGAUGGAUAAAUUAAGUAGGAACAGCAGUUUGUACCAACUAUAUUUACAUUGUAUCGCAUUUGGGUUUCGUGCUA